AUGUCGAAAUACAUUGAUAGAAAACGCUCUAAUGAUGAUUCGACCAAUUCUUCCUCUUCAAAAAGAAGGAAAAUAUUAAAUCGUUUAUCCGACACUGGUCCCUUAACUCAAGACGAUGUUGUCUACUUUCAAAAAGAAGCAAUAGUUCGACAGAUGAAACUAUAUAAAAACCAAUAUAACGUAAUUAGAUUUCAUUAUAAAAUCAUCAAAUCGAACUACGAUAUAACAAAAAACAACCUAGCUCUACUAGAUGCUUGGUGGCGCAAUAUUAUUGAAUUAUUAAAAUCAAGAGGCUUAAUUGAUGAUAAUGAAGUCAAUAAUAAUAAUAAUAAUAAUAAUAAUAAUAAUAAUAAUAAUAAUAAUAAUAAUACCAAUAAUAACUCUUAUCUUAAAAAUAAAUACAAUUACAAUAAUGAACUAGAUAUUGAUAUCGAUCUUGAAAAUUUAGUGGCCUAUAAAUCAGAAAACGAUUUUCUAAAGGGCAAAAACUCUUACUUGAAAAAAUGUUUAAAAUCUGUUACCCUCAAAUUAUCAAAAUCAAUAAAACUUCAAGAAAGACGCCAAAGUAAAACUCUCAAAAGAACUGAUGAAAGUUUGAAAGAAAAUAGUGAAAUUAAUGGAAAUACAAAUGACUCAUCAUCAAUAACUCCAAAUAAUGUAAAUAAUGUUAAAAAUCAAAAUCAUAUUAAUAAUAUUGAUACUCAUAAUAAUGGCACAGAUAAUAAUAACCAUAACACUCUUAAUAAUGGAAAUACUACUACUAAUAAUAAUAACAAUAACGAUAACGAUAAUAAUAACAAGGAAUUGGACAACUUAAAAAUUGAACUUUGCCAAUUAAAAUCUGCAAAUGAAACUUUACAAAACCAAUUAGAACAGGAAAUAACAAAGUCAAAAAAUUUGAAAAAAAGUGUCUUUGAGUUAAACCAUCGAUUAUUAAACUUAAAUGAAUUGGAUUUGGAAUCUUGUGAAUUACACAAAAAAUUGAUUCAAUCAAAUCAAUCCUUAAAUAACGAAAUGAAAGAAAUCUCAAAGAUUAACACAAACUUGACAAACAAAUUAAAUCAAUAUGAAAGUGAAAAGAUUUCUUAUAAGACUGAGAUUGAAAAGGAGUUUAACGAUCAACAAGUUGCUUUAAAACAAAAAUUAGAAAAAGCUGAAACUGAUUUAACAAGGAUUAGAAAUUCAAGAGAUGAAUAUUCUGCUCAACUUAACAUUCUUAAGGCCGAUAGAAAAAAUUCUGAGUUAUAUGAAGAAUUGAAAAAUUUAAUUAAAACUCAAAAAGAAAGAAUUGAACAAUUGGAAAAAAAUCCAAUUGAAUCUAGAAAAGAACUUUAUAAUGAAGAUCUUGAGAACUCGGAUCUUGAAUCCUUAAAACAGCAAAAUUUUGCUUUAUUAAAAGAAUUGAAAGAGGUUGAAAUUGCUUAUAAUAUGUCUGAGCAGCAAAGAGUCAAGAAAUUAAACUCUCAUAUUGAUACAGAAUCAUUAAUUAAUAAACUAAAAAUUGAGAAAAAUAAAGCUGAUCAAAAAUAUUUUGCAGCAAUGAGAUCAAAAGAUGCAUUAAUAAAUGAAAAUAAAACUUUAAAACAACAAACUUCAAAAACUGCUGAAUUAAUUGUUCAAAUUAAAGAUGUUGAAAAACUUUUAAAUCAAAAAAUCGAAGUUUUGGAGCUUCGAGUUAAAGACUUGAAUGCAGUUCAAAUUGAGAAACAAUUAAAAAAUGAAAACUUGAAGAAAAACUUAAAAGAAGUAUUAAGUUCAUAUGAUAACCUUAAAAAAAAUCAUGAUCAAUUAAUUAAUAGUAAUCAAAAAUAUGUUACAGAAUCUAAAAUUGAAACUGAAAGAUAUAAUAAAUUGGAAGUGGAAUAUCAAAAAUCGAUUUCAAAAACGAAAUUCUUAGAGACAUCAAUAAAUAAAAUUAAAAGAAAUAAUUUAGCAUCUAAAGCAAGAAGUUCAGAUAGUACCAUUUCGGGUUUAGAGAAUGAAAUUGAAUCAUUGAAAUUUUUAUUAAAAUGUUCACUUUGUUCAACAGAAUGGAAAAAUACAACGUUGAAAGUAUGUGGGCAUACAUUUUGCGAUAAGUGUAUUCAAAAAAGAAUACAAUCAAGACUUAGAACUUGCCCUUCAUGUAUAAAACAAUUUUCUAGUAGUGAUGUAAUUACAAUUCAUCUUUAA